AUGCCACCAGAAAAUGGGCAUUUGCGCAGAUUGCAGGUAUUACGUUUGAACAUCAACUCACUCAGCGGUUUUGUCCCUGUCAAUAUACCCAAUUGUCUCAACCUCGUUCUUGUCAGUUUCGGUUGCAAUCGAUUAGAGGGUAAAAUUCCUAAAGAGAAUCCAUUGAACUUUGAAGUUCAAGAUAAUAAACUCACUGGAAAAUUACCAAAUUUACAGAAGCUCGUUAACCUUGAAACCUUCAACAUUUACCGCAACCAGCUCGGAACAGAGUAUGGCAUGGGAAGUGAGGUAACAACAAAUGGAGAUGUGUACAGCUUUGGCAUUCUCUUGCUUAAGUUGUUUACAGGGAAGAGACCCACCAACGGCAUGUUUGUUUCAACCUUCACAACUGUCAAGAUGGGUAUCGACUCCUCCGUGCAGAUGAUACCAGGCGGGAACGAAACAGAUAGGCUGGCGUUGCUUGCCAUCAAAGCUCAACUAAAGGAGGAUCCCAAUCAGUUCCUGAGUUCAUCGAACGAGUCGUCUCACUUCUGCCUAUGGCGCGGCGUGACAUGCAGUAAACGACAUCGUGAGAGGGUCACUGGAUUGGACCUUUCGGGACAAAAAUUGGCGGGAACCAUAUCCCCACACAUAGGAAAUCUAAGCUUCCUAAUGGAGCUGUAUUUCCAGAACAACAGUUUGAGCGGCCAAAUCCCACCAGAAAUUGGGCGUCUGCGUAGACUGCAGGUAUUACGCUUGAGCAUCAACUCACUCAGUGGUUUUAUUCCUGUCAAUAUAUCCAAUUGUCUCAACCUUUGGGGUCUCGAUUUUGGUUACAAUCAGUUAAUUGGUAAAAUUCCUAGAGAGUUUGGCUCCUUCCCAAAACUCAAAAGACUUGUUCUUGAAUUUAAUACUCUAGUCGGAGAGAUCCCUGACUCAUUGGGGAACCUUUUCUCUUGA